UCAGGGACUUCGGUGCUACCAUUAUCCAAGAUUAAAAAAAUAUUCAAGACAGAUCCAGAACAUGUCUCUGCUUCAGAAGCUGCUGUUUUCUCAACUGCUAUAGCUACAGAGCUAUUCAUUCAAUAUUUCACUGAGCAAGCAUCUCUAAUAGCGAGAUCUGAGAAACGUAAGAAGUUACAGUAUAAAGAUUUUGCAUCAGCAGUAGGAAAUAUUGAACAAUUAUACUUCCUUAGUGAUACAGUUCCAAAAACUGUUAAUUUGAAGAAUCUUGUUGAACAAAAUAAAGUCAAUUAUUCUGCAAAGGCUCAAAAUCAACAACCACAAGCUCUAGCAAAAGGUCAACAAACUUUGAAUCUAGGAAAAUCAACAGCUAAUAAAAAUGAUGACGAAGAA